ACAGCACCGGCGAGGACGUCUGAGUAGUAACUAAUCUAGAAUGACGGUGUUUCACGACGAGGUUGAAAUAGAGGAUUUUGAGUACGAUGAAGAAACAGAAACAUAUUAUUUUCCUUGUCCAUGUGGCGACAGAUUCGCGAUAACGAAGGAGGAUCUUGAGAAUGGUGAAGAAGUGGCCACCUGUCCGAGUUGCUCACUUAUAGUAAAAGUAAUCUAUGAUAAGGAGCAGUUCAUGUGUGGAGAAGUAAUUGAAGCACCAAAAACAUUAGAAAACAAACUGGAGCUGGCCCAGAGUUGAGAGAUAGACAUCGACUUGACUCUUGACCCGAUCCUUUGCUCUGAUAAUGGACUUAUACGCACAUCUGUCAUUUUACAGUUACUCACUACAUAUGCAGAUUUUUUUGUAAGGAUACUGACCACAUGGACUUGAUACAUUUAGUACCAAGAUUUUGCACACAAGUUACUAUUCUGUUAAAGUUAUUUAUUAAAAAAAAUAAAGUUCAAGUUUUUGCUUGAAAAUACAUGUUCAGGAAUUUAGAACAUCUGGAGUUUGAUUAUGUUGUAUAAAGACUUGUAUACAAUAAUACUGAAAUAAUUAAAUGACCUCUUCAUUGUCAA